CUGGCCCCGCGGGGCGGGGUGGUCGUGGUGGAGGCGGCUCCAUGUUGAUCCCUACGCGGUGGCGGCAGCAGCGAACGGUGUCAAGCUGGAGGCGGCCGGUGGGGACACCAUGGGGCGAGGGAAGCCUGGGCCAGUGCAGAUCGUCUUGGUGCACAAAGAAGCCCACUCCUUUGAGCUGGACGAGAAGGCGCUGAGCCGGGUGCUGCUGCAGGAAUCUAUCCGGGACAUGGAUGUGGUGGUGGUGUCGGUAGCUGGAGCCUUCCGGAAAGGGAAAUCUUUCCUGCUGGACUUCAUGCUGCGUUACAUGUACAGUCAGAAGGAAGGUGGCACGUCCAGCUGGCUGGGGCAAGAGGAUGAGCCCCUGAUGGGGUUUUCAUGGCGUGGAGGCUCAGAUCCCGAGACCACCGGAAUUCAGAUCUGGAGUGAGGUGUUCACCGUGGAAAAGCGAGAUGGGAAAAAGGUGGCAGUGGUUCUGAUGGACACCCAGGGCGCCUUCGACAGCCAGUCAACCGUCAAGGACUGUGCCACCAUCUUUGCGCUCAGCACCAUGACCAGCUCCAUCCAGAUCUAUAACCUAUCCCAGAACAUCCAGGAGGACGACCUGCAGCAGCUGCAGCUCUUCACAGAGUACGGGCGCCUAGCCAUGGACGAGAUUUUCCUCAAACCAUUCCAGACCCUGAUGUUCCUGGUUCGGGACUGGAGCUUCCCUUACGAGUACCCGUAUGGCCUGGACGGGGGAAGGAACUUCCUGGAGAAGCGGCUGGAGGUGAAGACCCAUCAGCAUGAGGAGAUCCAGAAUGUCCGCAGGCACAUCCACUCCUGUUUCACCAACGUCAACUGCUUCCUCCUACCACACCCAGGGCUCAAGGUGGCCACUAGCCCCGGCUUUGAUGGGCGACUAAAAGACAUUGCUCCCGAGUUCAAGGAGCAACUCCAGCAGCUCAUCCCAAUUGUUCUGGACCCUCACCAGCUGUUGGAGAAGGAGAUCAAUGGUUCCAAGGUCACCUGCCGAGGCCUGCUGGAAUAUUUUAAGGCGUAUAUCAAGAUCUACCAAGGAGAGGACCUGCCUCACCCCAAAUCCAUGCUCCAGGCCACCGCCGAAGCCAAUAACUUAGCAGCUGUGGCCUCUGCCAAGGACAUGUAUUACAACAAGAUGGAGCAGAUGUGCGGAGGCGAUAAACCCUACAUCUCCCCGGAGAUCUUGGAGGAGAAGCACCAGCAGCACCGUGCGUCGGCCCUGGAGCACUUCCAGAAGAUCAAGAAGAUGGGGGGGAAGGAGUUCAGCCAGCGCUACGAGGUGGAGCUGGAGAAGGAGAUAGGCGAGCUCUUUGAGCACUUUGCCAAGCACAACAAGAGCAAGAAUAUCUUCAGCACCUUCCGCACGCCGGCCGUCAUCUUCAGCGCUAUCGUGGCCCUCUACCUGGGCUCAGGCCUCACCGGCUUCCUGGGGCUGGAUGUGGCUGCCCAGCUCUGCAACUGCGUGGUAGGGCUGCUGCUGAUUGCCCUGCUGGCCUGGGGCUACAUCCGUUACUCAGGCCAGUACCGGGACCUGGGUGUGGUCAUCGACACUACCGCCGACUUCGUCUUGGAGCAGGCCACUUCCCGCAUGGGCAACACCACUCGGGCUGCUGUAGCUGACACAUCAGGUGCAAGGGCUCCGCCUGACAAGAAAACCCAGUGAAGCUUUCGUGCCAAGGCUGAGUUGGGGCUUUGCAAAGUCCGGUGCUCCUGCUGCAGCUGCUGCUGGCUGAGAGUGACUCCAGGCCCGCAGAUCUCGACUCCUCUCUUCUUUCAUUCCUGUUCCUUUCCCCCUUCAGCUUUCCUUCGCUUCCCCCCUUCUUCUUUUGUUUUGGUUUUUUUUUGCACUUUAAAAAAAAAAAAAACGACCAACUGCAGCUUUAACCUCCUACCUGUGCCGGCCAGUGCCUUGUCACCGGGAUGGGGCACCCUCCCCACCGGACUCACAUUCCUGCUCCUGGGAGCGGCCCCUGGACUGGAGACCACAUCUGGAUCCCGGCUCCUUAAUGGUUAUUUCUCAUCGCAUGGGAUGGGCUCUCCUUCAGCAGGGGGCACGGGCAGGUGCUGUUGUACAAUGCCAGGCUCCCCCCUCACUUCCUGCUCCGACCUGGGAGGUGCAGAUGCUUUAGUGUCUUCCUUCCAGCCCAGCGAAAGGGAUGGGUCCUCAAGGCCUGAGCAGAGUAACCGUCACUGUUCCUCAUUUCCCUUCCCCGCCCCUUGUGCCUUGGUAGAACUGAACCGUGUCGUUGGGUCUCAUGGAGAAGAGGGGAACCUCCCUCAACCAGCUGCUGCCUUAGGGUGUGGUGGGAAUGGUACCAAAAAAUACAGACACCCCCCCACCCUUCCCUGUGCCAGAGAGAGCCUUCAGCCCACAGCAUGCUGCCCAGCCCUAGCUAACAUUGGCCAAGGGCCAGCGAGCCCCAUGGCUUGAUUCUGGCGCUGUGCUACCAGCCAGCCUGGACUCCCUAGGCAGGGCCAACACUGCUUCUAGAAGUGGGACCCACCCGUGGGCCCCUGCCUGCAUUUAGAGAGACUCCUAGCCUGUGUCUAUGGUGUGGACCAACGUGGUCUAUUCAAUCUCCAGCCACACUUUCCCCCGUCCAGGGUUAACACCCCUCACCACCACUGCUGCUUUCGGCUUUGGGGCAAAAUAGGGCUCUUCGCUCGUGGGAGAUAUGCCCAGGGGCUCCUUUGUGCUGACAAACCCAGUCCUAACCGGCAGCUAUGUGCUGUGGCUCAGUCCUGUGUGGGGUACCAGUUAAAAUGUAGUCCUGCCCACGUGGGGGGAUGCCCCACUUAGCGCCACGCGGGAGCUCCCUUUGCUGAGUGACCAAUCGUCUUAGCCCUUUUGAGUAGGGAGCUUUUGCCAUUGGGGCAUCACACUGGAAAAUUCUUAGCCUCUUAUUGGAUUGUCUGGUUUCCCCUUGCCAGGACCUCCAACACCAUUUGUCAGCCAAGCAGGUCAUGGCCUCCCCUCUCCACUGGUAUCUGGCUAGGGUCAGUUGGGCAGUGCCAGGAUCUGUGAUCCGAACCAGGGGACCAGAUGCCACCUAUUCCCUGCCCAGUCUGACCACAGCCCCUCUACCCACCCCAGCCCUGAAGCACUCACACAUUCCCGCUCUUGUAAAGCACAAGAAUAAAGCUCAUUCCAUUUCGUGA